CUCAAACAAAGAUCUCCAUUCCCAUCUUCUUUGCUAAGUGUUUUCUAUCAACUUACAAUUUGAGAGAGAGAGAGAGAGAGAGAGAGAGAGAGAGAGAGAGAGAGAGAAGAUGAGUGUAGAACUGUUAGAUGGCGCCACCAUCCGCGCAUUCGUGGAGGACGAGCAAGCCUUCAAUGUCUCCGUUGAUGACCGUUUCAGAAGCCUCGACACAGACCACGAUGAUCUCCUAUCCUACACAGAGAUGAUGGAGGAGCUAAAGAGUCUUAGGGUCCUAGAGACCCACUUUGGCAUUGACGUUGUGGAAUCGAAUCCUGAUGAGAUUGCACUCAUCUACCGUUCCCUUUUCAUCCAGUUCGAUCAUGACCGCAACGGGUCCGUCGACUUGGAAGAGUUUCGGGCGGAGACUAAGAAGAUGAUGCUUGCAAUGGCAAAUGGGCUGGGAUUCUUGCCUGUUCAGAUGGUUUUGGAAGAGGAUAGCUUCUUCAAGAAAGCCGUCGAAAGGGAAUCAAGCGUGCUCUCUGCUUGAGAACUUUUGCUUGCCACAAGUUCUUCAAUUUUGCAUGUUGCAUGUGUGCCAGUUUCCUAUCUUUGCACUACGUUCUGUUUAAGUUUUUUCUUUUCUAUUCUUUUCUUUUUUGCUUUUGUACGUGAAAGUGAGAAAACGUAUCUUUUGUAGUGUGGUUUCUACUUCUGGGGAGAUUUUUACAUAUUGAGGUUUAUAUUAGGAUAUCAUUGGAAAAAUCUCACCAAAUAUAAUAAUAUUUUAAGUUAAUUUAUAAAUUUUGAAAAAAGAAAUUACUUUCUUUUUUUUUUUUUUUUUUUUUACCAUUUUCCGAGUUCAAAAUCUCGUCGUGUAAUCUAUUUAUCACGGUUAUUAUCAUAAUAUUUUCAAAUGGCCAUUCUCUAUAUAUGGAAUAGUAGGAUUCAUGCGGUUGACCCCAGUUAAUUUAAUUUGAGAUAAGGCUUAGACGAUGAUGAUUACUACAAAUGGCAUUAGACCACUGUCCGGAUCGCAGUCCGGACCGAUGAUGAGCAAUCAAGCA